AUGGGCUUUGCAGGAGUUGGGGUAGGGCUUCUGUCAAUUAGAUACGGUGCAGGAGUUGGGGAGAGACAGGGUUAUGUGUAUACAGUGGAGUCCAAGUCGCCACCUCUUCGUGUGUCCGGGGUCUACACCAUUCGAGAUGGAGUGAGGCCAUGCUCGACCCUGCCGCGCGGAGUGCAGUCCGGCGCGUCUCCACGUGUAGAGCGAUCACUGCCCCUCUUCCGGGCCCUUCUACCCUGGAAAGGAGCCAGGAAUUUACCUCUCUAUGCCAGGCUAGCCAGCAUCUCUGAUUCACCUCCAAUAGAUAUCCUUAUAACGCGGCCAGCUGGGAGUAGGGUUCGCCAUAAGAAAAAAGCGAAGUCUCUUACCUACACUUCCGGUGGGGGUCUGAGAAGAAAAGACAGCACCACACUACCUCGGCUUAGAAGACGCACUCGCGCCGCUGGGCUCGGAUUUCCGGAUCCCAGUCCUUUCGGCCUGUCCCUGAAGGGGCGGAGCUUCAGACUGACGGCUGGCGCCCGCCUGUCCUCUCCUCAAGACCACGCUGGCCCCGCCUCCUGGCUACUCCGAAAAUCCAUGGCUGGGCCUACCCUGACCAGGAACCGGAGGCGGAGCAGGAGCCUAAACAACUGGAAGCCUCUCCGUUUUCCCCGGUACCAGAGCAGCAGCAUUUGCAGAGGGAACAAACAUAUCUCUGGAAUGGAGCAAAUAAAUGUUUCUUCAAAAACCAUCACGAGGAGCUCCUGACCUGGCUGGGAAGCGAGGUUUUCCAUUAAAAACAGUAACUAUUAGAAAA